AUGCCUGUCGGAAACAACGACCAGAACACCGGUGUCACCGGCGGCGCCAAAUUCGUCACCUCGGCCCUCGGCAACACCGUCGGUGGCCUGACCAAGACGGUCGGCAACGUCACCAGCGCCGCCACCACAGGCCUCGGCGACACCAUCACGAGCGCCACCGGCUCGGCCGGCCGCCCCGUCGGCGACGGCAUCACCAACCUCGGCCAGGGCCUCGGGGGCGCCCUCAACCAGGAGCGUUAA